CUGAGUACCUUGUGUGACCGGCGGGAUUAUUCUGAGCCUCAGCCGGCCGACAUGAACAACCAGGGAUUUUAUUACCAUUUAUAAUGUUGCUUUUCUUUGUGGAUCUGUUUAUUUCGGGUAUCAUGUGGAUCGUGUGAAGUUUUAGUAGGAAUGUGUGGACAAGAGUUUAAUGGAUGUUUGUUCCUUUCAGCAGACUGUUCUAACGGGACCUCUCCUCGCAGUUGUGGCUUUGCUGAGGAGGACACCUGGUAUCUGGUUUUACUACUCUCGUUUGGACGUCAUGAAAAGCAGGCAGAUGCUAGCUGCAUUAUGGUUUAGCUCAUUCUACACACUGGCAAGAUGAUGACAUCUGUGGUGUCCAAUGGUACCAGGGGCCAGACCCUGAAUCUUAGGGGUGUAGAUCCUGAAACAUGCAUGAUUGUCUUCAAAAACCACUGGUCACAGGUUUUGCGGAUCCUGGAAAAGCACGAGCCGAUCCGGAACAGUGGGCUUCUUCGUUCAGGCCCGAUCUCUGGCGAUGAAGCGAGCGCUGUUCAAAACUAUGUGGAGCACAUGCUGUUCCUUCUGACAGAGGAGGAGUGUGGCAUGGGUGGAGCCAUGGGCCCCAUUCUGGAGUUUGUUCUACUGGAGAACGUGAUGGAGCGCCUAUUUGUAUGGAGCCUGCGGCGUGACUUUACGGAGGCAGCGAAGCUCGAGCAGCUGUGUAUGUACGAGAUGCUGGUGGCCCGGGCACGCCAACCCCUGCUGCACCACAAGCCCAUCCUGCGUCCCUUCGUCAUGUUGCUGUCAUCCUGUGGCUCUAGCUCGAGCUCAGCACUGGUGGAGGCCGAGUUGGUGCGAUUGCUCCACCGACUGUGUCACAUGCUGGCACGUGAUGAUUCCGCCCUCCAGCUCUUCCUCUUCCACAGUGGGCAGGAUCAGGGUGCUGCCAACUUCCUGCUCUUUUCACUGCUGUUGCCUUUCGUGCACCGUGAUGGGCCGGUGGGUGCGCAGGGUCGGGAGGCUCUCGCCCUCAUUGUGGCAUUGUCAGCGCGGGACAUUUCCGUGGCCAAUCACAUCACCCAGAACACCUACUUCUGCCCGGUCCUGGCCACAGGGUUGAGUGGUCUAUAUUCCUGGCUUCCGGCUAAGCUGGAGGUCUCCAGAGAAGGAUGGCAUUGUUUGGAGGAGGUGGAUUGGAUGCAGGUGCCAGGACUUGUACAGUUUCUCAACUCUUUACACUUCUGUAGCACGGUGUGUAAGGUAGCUCAUCACUCUGUCAGAGAUCAGCUGCUUGGGUACAUCUAUAACGGUUUCCUUGUGCCAGUUAUGGCUCCUGCAUUACACAAGUCGACUUUGGAGGAAGUGAUGACAACCACAGCUUACCUGGAGCUCUUUUUGCGGCAUAUCUCAGACCCCGCCCUCCUCCAGACCUUCUUACUUUUCACCCUCAAGCACCGUCAUGACAACAUCAACGUUCUCGAUACGCUCGUCAGCAGAAUCAACACUCCUUUUCAGUUGGGAACGGUAUCUCUCGCUCUGUUUCGUACCCUGAUUGGCCUCUACUGCGAGGACGUCAUGCUGCAGCUUAUUCUCAGGUAUCUGAUUCCGUGCUCUCACCUGCAGCGUGAAGGGUGGCGUAGACUUCGACAGCGAGACUGCUACUCUUCCACCGCGGCUGCUUUCCUCACUCUGACUCCCUCGUUCCUCAUGGCCAGACCCUGCUCUUCGCCAACGUUGCCCCCUAAACCCGACUACGUCCUUUGGUCCAAGGUCACCGAAGGGCUGCUAAUGGGCAACACAGAACUUUCCAUAGGUGUGGAUAUUUCCAGGACCUCAGAGCCAUUGAUGUGCAAAAACUACCUCCGGUACCUGAGCGAUGCCCGCAGCAUCAUCAGCACCAGUGUGCAGGCGUGUCGGGUAUGGUCUGCCCCUUACGACGGACUCAAUCCCUCACCCGACGACUACCGAGCAACCGAGGAAUUUGAUAAACACCGGUAUGGAGAGAGGGAUGCAGAUGCAGAGUGUCCACCUCUCACCACUCCUCCUCUCCAGCCCCCAACCCCAAACCACAAUCAUGUCCGCACCACGACUCCAGAGCUGGAGUGGGACGACAGUUAUGACGCCGCUCCAGACGAAGAGGAGAACGGGGAUUACCACUUUGUCGAGCAGCCGCAACCUCCGGAACAUAUUCGAGAGAUGCGGAAAAACGCUAUCAUGCUGAUUCACGGUUCUUAUGUUGAGGAAUCAGAGUUUCAGGACGAUGUAUUGGUUUAUGAUUUGAUUGCGCAGAGGGACGCCCAAGACGCGUGGAUCGCGUCCUCGAAUGUUGAUCAUGGAAGUCUAAAUGAAACAGAAACAAACACUAGUACAAAGAUUGAUGUUAACAACGAGGUAAACAAUCAGGAGACAAAAGACGCUUCACUUUUAUUAAACAGCUUCGCUGAUGAGACGCAAAGAGAUCUUUCGAAUGAUCAAUCUGUUCACGUCUGUCAGAAACAGAGCAUGGUUGUGGAAGAGCGACAUCAGGAUACGUCCAGCGCAUUGUCCAAUAGAGAGGACUUUAUUUCCCAAUGUCUCCAGGUGAUAAACUGGGAUAAAGAAAAGAUGCUGGAUGGUUGUUACCAGAGGCUGUUCGCGCUUUUGCAUGACGAAGAGACGGAAACCGACUACCAUUCCCUAUGCAUCGAUGAUGAUGACGAGGGAAUUGAACGAGCAGAUGAGAGAGAUGGCGAUACAAAGCAACAUGUCCCCUUUACAGGCCCUUUCAUCAGCGUGCUGCUCUCUCGCUUGGAGAACAUGCUGGACAACACUGUGGAGGUGAACCUGCUAGUGACGGGGAUCCUGGCCCAGCUUGCUGCAUAUCCACAACCUUUGCUGCGCUGCUUCCUGCUCAACACCCAAUCCGCGUUCCGACCCGGCGUCUGUUCUCUCUACCAGGUGCUGGUUUCUGUCGGUUGCCAGAUUGAGCGCCAUGCAGCAUCCAGGCCAGAGUUUUCACAGAUGGUACGAGAUGUUGCCCGGUAUCUGCUCAUCACAGAAGAAGCCCAAAAGGAUCGAGAGUGGGAUUUCCUGCAGGGAAACGGACUCGGCUGCUUUCUCAAUGGCCAUGUCUCCGGGCGGCUGCUGAAAUCACUUCCUCCAUGCCCCAAGAUUCCACCUCAGGCUGAAAAUGGAGUGUUUGCCACAUUCCUUUAUGGCGAGUUCCUGAAAGAGUUGGCAGCCAUUGCACAGGAACACUCCAUACGCCCGGACUUCCUUAUAGAGGAGUAUAGAGAAUAAGAGUUUUGCUUUUUUAUUUCAAAUGUUAUUCAACUCAGAAGGCUUUAAAAAUCCAAACGGCUCUUUAAUUGGCCUAAUACUGUACAUUGUUGCCAUACAAUACAUUAUAGAUGCUUGUACAAACUGUGUGUCUGUUUUAAUUGUUAAUUUAGAAAAUGCACUUACAAUAGUAAUAUAUCUGAAUGUAAUAUGUAUGUUAUUUGUUUUGUUUUACAAUGUUUGCCACGUUUUUGGAAAGUAAACCAGAAAACAAAAUG